AGGAAAUUGGCAUCAAUCAGGUGCUUUAGAUUUACAAGCAUGGCGGAAAACGAUGCGGGGAUGAAUAAUCACGAUUUAGAAGAAUCUAGUCUAACUAAUAAAUCUUUAGAAAAUGGGCCUGUAAUUACUGAGAUUGAUGAUAAUGAUCCAAAUGAAAUCAUUAAAAAUAAUAAUGAUGAACAGUCAGUCAAUGCUGCCCUUCCUGGAGAUCCUCCUAAAAAGUCUAAAAAGAGAAACAAAAAGAAAGGAGGAAAAGAUGCAGCAGCUUCUGUUGAAGUUAGUGAAGCAGCUCCACCCGAUGUUUCAACUGCAGAUUUAAAGGGUUUGUCAGCUACUAAAUUGCAAGAAAUUAAGAAAGCCAUGGAAAUUCUGAACUUAAACAUGGUUCAUCAAGGUCCUGCAAAAACCCAUGAAGAAGCCAUUAGAAAGCAUUUUGAGUUUUGGGAUACCCAGCCUGUACCAAAAAUAAGUGAUGAAAUUGGGGCCAAUGCCAAUGAGCCUAUUGAACCAGACAAAACUAUAGAUGAAAUCAGAAAAGAGCCACUUUCUUUGCCACAAGGCUUUCAAUGGGAUACUCUUGAUAUAGAUAAUCCUAUCAUUUUAAAUGAGCUGUAUACUCUUCUCAAUGAAAAUUAUGUAGAAGAUGAUGAUAAUAUGUUUAGAUUUGAUUACUCACCUGGAUUUUUACAGUGGGCAUUGCAACCUCCUGGGUGGAAAAAGACAUGGCACUGUGGAGUAAGAGUUACAAAAAGUACGAAACUCGUAGGUUUUAUAAGUGCAGUUCCUGCUAAUGUUAGCAUAUAUGGAAAGAAAAGAAAAAUUGUAGAAAUCAAUUUCCUAUGUGUACACAAAAAGCUUAGAUCAAAACGUGUUGCACCUGUUCUUAUUAGGGAAAUCACUAGGAGAGUAAAUAGGGAAGGCAUAUUUCAGGCUGUUUACACAGCUGGUGUAGUGCUUCCAAAGCCUAUUGGAACAUGCAGAUAUUGGCAUCGUUCUUUGAAUCCUCGUAAAUUAAUAGAUGUGAAAUUCUCCCACCUCAGUAGAAACAUGACUAUGCAGAGAACGUUAAAACUCUAUAAAUUACCUGAAGCUACAAAGAUACCAGGUUUCCAGACUUUGAAAGAAAAGCAUGUUAAACAGGUUUUGAAGUUAAUAUGUGAGUAUCUUUCAAAAUUUGAUUUGGCUCCCACCUUCAACGAAGAGGAAUUUCGAUAUUGGUUUCUCCCCCGUCCAGAUAUUGUCAACAGUUUUGUGGUUGAAGUAAAUGGAACUGUUACUGAUUUUGCAAGUUUUUAUACACUUCCUUCAACUGUCAUGCAUCAUCCUGUUCACAAAGGCCUGAAAGCUGCUUAUGCUUUUUACAAUGUUACUAAAGGCACGCCACUCACGGAAUUGAUGCAGGAUGUUCUCAUUGAAGCUAAGAAUAUGGGCUAUGACGUGUUCAAUGCACUUGAUUUAAUGGAGAAUAAAACUUUUCUAGAGCCUCUUAAAUUUGGAAUAGGAGAUGGCAAUUUACAGUAUUAUUUAUAUAAUUGGAGAUGUCAGCCUAUGUCGCCUAAUCAAAUUGGACUUGUUUUGCAAUAAAUUUUUUAGAGGAUUGUAAAUAUUCUUUUUAAAGAGAACAUAUCACGUCAAACAGCUAUUCGAACCCUUCAAAAAAAAAAAAGGGAAAGGAAAUUGGUGAUAACUCAAUUCUUUUUUGAAAAUUAUAUUUUCGAUUUUUCAAACAAAAGGAAUUAUAAAUGCACAUAUAUUAAAGAAAACUUGUCACUGAAAUUAUUUCUCAUAUGAUGAUAUUGAAGCUAUUAUUAAACAUUUUUUUAAAAUUAAGAAUGCCUUCUUGUUCAAAUUAACGUCCUUUUUCAUUGUAUGUUUUAUUGUUAACAAGAUAAAUUAUGUUGUAAACAUAAUAAGCAAGUAUCAUACAUUCUAACCAAAAUAUAUAUAAAUAUAGUAGUAAAUCUUUACAAUUUAAUUGCUUUUGUCUAACAUGUGUAGUAACUAAUUGUUCAUUAAUAGAAUGUUUUAAUUAAAAAAUAUAAGAUGUUUUUUUCACAGUUAACAACAUUUUUUUAAGAAUACAUCACGCUUAAUAUUUUAUUAUGGUUAUUAACCAUUUUAUCAUCUUAAAUGUAAAACCUAUAUAUUGAAUAAACUGUCCAAAAAUGUUUUACUAAAUAAACUGUCCUUUGAAGUUAUUCUAUUUUUAAAAAAUUUCUGGUGAAAUGUAUAUUUAUAAUGAAAUAAUUACUGUUUGAAACUACAUAUAUUUUAUUACGUUAAUUAUAAUCUGUGUAUUCAUUAAAAGCUACAAAAUAAUUUCUGAAUGUGGUUUGUGUCUUUUAUUUUAUUAUUAGUAUUUUUAAAAAAAUAUUUAUAUUUUAUGAUCACAAAAUUGUAAGUCUUAUAAAUUCAAAGCAACAUUUAUUUAUUUUCUUUAAUUUUUACUUCCAAGCUUUUGUCAACUGCACAUGCCUUACUUGCAGUUGUUUGUGUAUAGAAGUCCUUAUUAAUAAAAUAAUAAUUUUAAUUUCUGAAUAUAAUUGUAAAAGUGCGAAUUUCAUUUCAAAUUUAUUUCUAAAAUUAAUUUGUGUUUUAUAAUAAUCACCCAUAGGCAAUUUUUAAUAAAUAAAAAAAAACUAUUUCAUUAUUUGUUUGAAUGACAUUUAAUAUUCGGAAAUUUAUUGAUUGUAAAAAGUGUGUAAAACUAUAAUUCAGAAUAUUGCUUUUCUAUCUGCGAUGUAUUUGUCAUUACAACAGCUUAGAGUGCUUUUUGAAAUUGACCAGCAUCUGCUUAAAUAUUGAUAGAUAAACAAGAUUUUCUAAUGUUUCCAUAACAAUCUCUUUGAGGUGUUUUUAGAAAGAAAAAUAAAGCAAAGAAUGUUGAAAUAAUUUUAAGCUUUUUUGUGAGCAUUUCUGUAACAACCUUUCUAAUUUAAAACCAGAUCUAGAAACCUGAAAUGAUAGAUUUGUUAUUAUUAUUAUUUUGAGAUUCUAAAUAAUUAUUAAAUGUCUUCAUGCCAAAAUAACAGGACCUACUACUCUUUAUUUGUUUCUUAAUUUAAAAUGCAUCAGUUCUAUAAACCUAAAACGGUAAAUUUUUUUAUUCAGAAUAGUUGAGAAAUUUUAUGUUUUAUUUCCCUUUCUAAUUUAAAAUGCUUAAGUACUACAAACCUAAAAAUAGUGAAUAAUAAAAUUUCAUUUUCAUAAAUUUAAAAGACAAAUCUCCCCAAGAGACAUGAAUUAUGUAGAAUAUGUUUUUGGGCCUUUCACCUGUAAAUAUACUUGUUUUUGAACAUUAGUGAUAUCUCAAAGUAAUAGUUAAGUUAUUAUCUUGUGGCUUUUAUUCAAUUAUUCGUUUAUACUAUACCUUUGCUUUUAUUCAUAAAAAGCUGUAUUUCUGCUGUUUUCUCCGCAUAAACAGCAUUUUAGAAGUUCCUAAUCAGCUGUUCCUUUAAAUGUUAAGCUAUUACUGAACCAUUUUUAUUUAUCUUAUAAGAGGACUUUGAUUUGAUGACCGACUCAUCUGGUUUCUUGUCCGGAAUUCACUUUGACUUUUUAAAAAUUAGCUCAUCCCGAUUCGUUUUCAAAAAUUAGGUCUGGCUUUAAUUUGGAAAAUCAGCUCUUCCAGGGUGCGUAGCAUUUUUUAAAAAUGCUUAUUUUUGAUCUACUUUUUUAAAAACCUUCAAAAGUGUUUUUUUUUCUUGCCGUGUCAAUCGUCAUUCUAAAUUGAAAAAUAAAAAAACAUGAUUUUCACAAUUUUUUCUGCAAUAUUUAUCAGAAACUAGUUAUUUUAUCAUGAUUAUGUAAUGUUUUUUUAAAUGUUUUUGCAUUUUGUUGAUUUUAUGUUUAUAAAUUUAGAACUUUAAACGAUAGAAAAAAAUAAGUUUUAUUACUGCACAUAUCCGAAUUAAGAUUUUUUUUUUUAGAACAUUUGAGUGCUUAAAAGGUGCUUAUUUUUUUUAUGAAAAUCUGGCUGUGCACCAUGUCGAUUAGCUUUCUGUAGUGUCCUUUAUCCUUUUCUAAAAUUUUUUUUCUCCUAUAGCAGUUAUGCCUUUUUAUAAGCUAAACAAAAAAUAUCUAAAUUUGUACAAUUUUUUAUAUUGAUUAUUUAUUUGAUAAAAUUAAUCGAAAUAAAGCAUAAAGCAAUUUCUUUUUGAACUAAACUCACCAACUUAAAAAUAAUUUAAAUGAGACGGGGAUGAUUGUACUCCAGGUGUACCCUGGAAUUCUGGGUUUUUCGUAUUAUUCUUCUAGGUCUAGAAAGUAGGAGCAAGGCUUGGGAUUUUUUUUUGCAGAAUUCCGUGUAUCUCGAGACCAUUGAUUUACGGACUUUUGAAAAUCAAAACUUACAAUCUGAUUAAAUUUUCCCCCCACUUUAAAAUUUAAAGUAAGAAAUAAGUUCUACAAUCUUAUAAUUUAAAUUUUGAAACCUUUUACUAAAUCACAUUAACGAGACGUUUUCAUGCAUGUGACUCUUUCGCAAUUUUGAUUUUUUGUUUGCCGGAUUUUCACAUUUUUUAAUGUUUGAAACAAUGCUGAAAUCCUCUGAUAUCAGGAUUUUAAUAUCUAACAAUAAUUUUCGUAUAUGCCUGAUUUAAAAGUUAUUCAUUGUGAAUCGUAUUCAGGUGAUUUAAAAAUCGUACAUCAAGAUUCAUAUUCACCCGAGUUAAAAAUCCAAUAUCGCUAUUUGUAUUCACUGGAUCUAAAAAUCAUUCAUCGCGAUUUAAAAAUCCAACAUUGCAAUUUGUAUUUUUACUUACUUAAAUACAAUAGCGCUAUUAAUAUUCACGUGGUUUUAAAACCCAAUAUCGUUAUUUGUAUUUUCGCGUUCUUAAAAUCCAAUAUCGUGAUUCGCAUUCACGCGAUUUUAAAAUCCAAUAUCGCGAUCCUUGUAAUUACAUAAGUUUUUUCGUAAAAUAAAUACAACAAAAAUGUGAUAGUCUUUAUUGGUAGGUAAUUUAAUUAUAAAUCUUAGUUCAAAAAAUUUUAUUAAAUGAAAUUGAUAUCUUGUUAUCGAGUUUUUGCACACAUUCACGGUUUUUCACUGUGUGUCACAAUCACCCCCGAUAAGAUCUCGUGGUCAAGCAGGUUUUGAAAUCAAAAGCCUCUUAUAAAUGUAACCAGUUUCAAUGACUAUCUUAAAAGUUGAGAAUGCUUAAUAUUUUAUUAUUUCAAAGUUUCACAUUAAUAUGGCUGUUUAUUUAUCUCUCUGAGGUACUCAAAAGCCCAUUGGACGCUAUGAAUAAUAAAAUAAAAAUACAAAUAGCAUUGUCUUUGAAUGGUAUACUACCUGCAAAUGUUUUUUUUUUACAGGCAUUGUACUCUUUUUCAAUUUUUAUUUAACGUAAAGGUUAAAUGUCUUAUUAAUUUGUUGAUUUUAUUGUUACGUAGAAGUGCCUAAAAAUCAGUCACUACACAAAGAUCAACUAUUCAGUGUGUUUUCAGGGAUCAAGCAAUUUAUUUUUUUAAAAGUUCUUUUUUGUGUUUUUAUGGUUGCUCUUUCAUAAUAUUUACAUCUCUUAUGUGAUAGUGUUGAACUUUGACUGUGUUAAAUAUUAAUUCAUGUUUAAAAUACCAAUAUAUCUGCUUUAACUUUUUACGAACAAGUAGUAAAUUUUAAUUCUGACUUGU